UUCAAGAACAGAGGACACAUUAACUUUACCAGAAUACCCCGUUUUGGGUCUCUUAAAGUCACUCAGUUGUUCCGCAGGUCCUACCAUUGCCUUAUUGAAAGACAAGAUGUUUCAAAUUAAGAAGAUAUGCUGUAUAGGCGCCGGCUAUGUAGGAGGUCCGACUUGCAGCGUCAUUGCCAAUAUGUGCCCGGAGAUUCGGGUGACUGUGGUGGACGUGAACGACUCCCGAAUCAAAGCCUGGAACUCAGAUAAUCUGCCAAUUUACGAGCCCGGUCUUGAUGAAGUGGUGAUGUCCUGUAGGGGAAAGAACCUGUUCUUCUCCACCGACAUUGAUUCAGCCAUUAAAGAGGCAGAUCUGGUCUUUAUUUCGGUGAACACCCCCACUAAGACGUACGGAAUGGGAAAAGGUCGUGCGGCAGACCUGAAGUUUAUCGAAGCCUGUGCCAGAAGGAUUGUGCAGGUUUCGGACGGAUACAAGAUCGUAACGGAAAAGAGCACGGUGCCCGUUCGCGCCGCAGAGAGCAUUCGCCGAAUCUUUGACGCUAACACCAAACCCAGCCUUAACCUCCAGGUCCUGUCAAACCCAGAGUUCCUUGCGGAAGGCACGGCAGUACGUGACCUCAAGGAGCCGGACCGUGUCCUGAUUGGUGGAGAUGAGACCCCUGAGGGUCAAAGGGCAAUUCAAGCGCUGUGCGCCGUCUAUGAGCACUGGGUCCCAAAAUCGCGGAUAAUCACUACCAACACGUGGUCCUCUGAGCUCUCCAAACUGGCUGCGAACGCGUUUCUCGCCCAGCGUAUCAGCAGCAUUAAUUCCAUCUCUGCGUUGUGCGAGUCGACUGGAGCGGACGUGGAGGAAGUUGCUCGAGCUAUCGGCAUGGACCAGCGAAUCGGCAGCAAGUUCCUCAAGGCCAGCGUGGGAUUUGGCGGAAGCUGUUUUCAGAAGGAUGUGCUGAAUCUGGUGUAUCUGUGUGAGGCACUGAAUCUGCCCGAGGUCGCCUCCUACUGGCAACAGGUGAUUGAUAUGAACGAGUAUCAGAGACGCAGGUUUGCGUGUCGAAUCAUUGACUGUUUGUUUAACACCGUCACGGGAAAGAAAAUCGCGCUCCUUGGCUUCUCCUUUAAAAAAGACACGGGAGACACCAGAGAGUCGUCCAGUAUCUAUAUCUCCAAGUAUCUAAUGGACGAGGGAGCCAAGCUGCACAUUUAUGACCCCAAAGUACUGAGGGAGCAGAUUAUACAAGAUCUGUCCCAUCCCACCAUCUCUGGAGAUAACCCUCAGAGAGUGUCAGAGCUGGUUACCAUAACAACAGACCCAUAUGAGGCCUGUAAGAGUGCACAUGCUCUGGUUAUCUGCACAGAGUGGGACAUGUUUAAGGAACUGGACUAUGAGAAGAUUUAUCAUAAGAUGCUGAAGCCAGCCUUCAUAUUCGACGGGAGAAGAGUUCUGGAUCACCUACACCCCAAACUGCAGUCUCUGGGAUUCCAGAUUGAGACGAUCGGUAAGAAGGUGGCGGCGUCUCGGAUUCCGUACACCCCCCCCGCUGGAGUACCUCGCACAGCCACGACCGAACCUCCCUCCAAAAAAACCAAAGCGUGACACUCACGUCCACACACAUGUGCAGAGAGAGUCCAACAGAGAGAGUAUUCAGCCUCAGUAAAUCCCCAGCCAUGCCAAGAUAGCCAAAGGAGGACAUACACACACACACACAUUCACACACACACACAGAGUAGCUUGAACAAAUCACAUGUAAAGAAAACCAAAGUUCGAUAGACGUCCCAGUCAGACUAAGCCAAACUCCAAGCGCGUCUGUGGCUUUUAAAACUUAAACUCUGUUGGCUUCUGGUCAAAUUGCGCACAAACAUCUCUUUUUUUAAGAGCCAAGAACUCUCACCGUAGCGUUUCAGCUCGACCGUCCCUCUCUGGAAGUCAGGAAACGAAAUACAGUGAAACACUGUCCCUCAGUCAACAUAACUCUGAAAAAGAUUUGUUUGUUUGUUUGUUUUUUUUCUAUUUUAUCAGUCUCCUGUAUUCAUAAGGACCAUGUCGUAAUCCAGUCACUUCGUCUUAUGUUUGGAAUUACAGUAUUGUAAUUUAAUCUGUCUGCUGUAAGGUCGGUCUCUGGCCUGAGCCAUCUUUGUCAAUCAACCGUCAAUCAACUGUCAGUAGUAUGUCAAAUAUGCUGUUUUUAUAUAAUCUUCUCUUUCUGUACAGAUUUUUACAGCGAAUAUGAAAGAAAAUGACUUUAAAAAAAAAAAAACAUGAUUUCUUAAAUAAAAGUGGACCAUUGAAAUAA